UCAACUCUGACCAGAAGUAACGUGUCAAACGCGCAUGGGACGCACAGACGCGCAGAGAAGUGGCUGCCUGUACUUGAUAUUUCCCUUGACCUGAGGAUAACUGUGAUCUACAGUGUUGAUAUCCGGACUGUAGAGACACUACAGGGAGGACAUGACAGCUGGCUUGGGCCACUGAAGGAGAGCGGAUCGGUGUACUUUAUCGCUUGGUUUCUGUAAAGGUGACCGCACAGCCAGAUUAUGCAGCAUCCUUUGGAUAUGGGGCUGCAUUACUACCCUCCGGGGGUUCAUCCUGACCACAGAACUCAUCGUUACAGGAGUUUCAUGAUAGAAGAGAUCCUGACUGAUCACCCGGAGCACAAAGCGUCGGCUCCGGCCGGGGAGCUGCUUAAAUUCGGGGUACAGGCACUCCUGUCCGCCCGGCCUUUCCACAACCAACUGGUGCUGAAAGCCGACCAGGUGAGCCUCCUCAAGUUCCCCAUGUCCCCGCUGUCCUGCUCGCUGGGCUCUCCGCUCGGCUCCCCGCUGCUGUCCGGGGCCUCGGGCCUGCAGCUCGGCGCUGCGUCUCACCACCUCCCGCUGGACCUGCACCUCCGCGGGAAGAUGGAGCACGGAGCCGACGGAUGCAGCAAGACAAAGAAGGGCCGCCGAAGCCGCACCGUGUUCACCGAGCUGCAGCUCAUGGGGCUGGAGAAGCGCUUCGAGAAGCAGAAGUAUCUCUCCACGCCUGAUAGAAUAGAUCUGGCUGAGUCUUUGGGCCUCAGUCAGCUGCAAGUGAAAACAUGGUACCAGAACAGAAGGAUGAAAUGGAAAAAAAUUGUGUUGCAGGGCGGAGGCCUGGAGUCCCCCACUAAACCAAAAGGCCGUCCAAAGAAGAACUCCAUCCCCAGCAGCGAGCAGCUCUCUGAACAGGAGCGCUCUGCGGCUGACACUGACCGCCAGCCUGAAGGCUCAGAGAACACUCAGGAGGAAUGACUCUCAGUGUGGGAAGCUCUUUUGUCUGGAGCCAGACUCAGAACCUGCGUGGAGAGGAUGUGCUGCAAGAUGCUGCUCCUGAAGCUGGGCCGUGUGCUGCGGGCCCUGCACAGGCCUCCUCUCUGCCCGGGCCCUACCAUGCAGCCCCUCAUGAUGAACUGCUGCUGUUGAGGAGGGAGCUCAAACCUGUGCAGUAGGUCUCCCCUUUAUAUUCUAA